ACGGCUGACCCUGCAGGCCACCGCCGGCCGCCGCCGCCGCCAAUGGCUGGCCCCUACGCCCCCUACCACCCCACCGCCAAACCGGCCUCCGCCACCCCCUCUUACCUCACGAUCAAAAACUCCAGCCUCUCCAAGGGGUCUUCGUCCUCUUCCUCUGCUUCAUGUCCUACCUCCUCGGCAUCUGGCAGCACGGCGGCCGCAUCGCCCCCGCCUCCUUCUCCACCACCACCGUCGCCGCCGUCUCCUGCCCCUCGUCCCCCGCGAAGGGAUCGUCCUCGUCCUCCGCCUCCGCCGGCGUCAGCCUCGACUUCGAAUCCCACCACCGCCAGGACGACACGGCGGACGCCGAGCUGGACGACCGCCCCAGGACGUACGCGGCGUGCGCGGGCAACUUCAGCGAGUACACGCCCUGCGAGGACGUGCAGAGGUCGCUCCGGUUCGACCGGACGAGGCUGAUAUACCGGGAGCGGCACUGCCCGGACAAGACCGAGAAGGUGAAGUGCCGGGUGCCGGCGCCCUACGGGUACCGGAUACCGUUCCGGUGGCCGGCGAGCCGGGACCUGGCGUGGUACGCCAACGUGCCCCACAAGGAGCUCACGGUGGAGAAGGCGGUCCAGAACUGGAUCCAGUACCAGGGCGACCGCUUCCGCUUCCCCGGCGGCGGCACCAUGUUCCCCCACGGCGCCUCCGCCUACAUCGACGACAUCGGCGAGCUCAUCAACCUCAAGGACGGGUCGAUCCGGACCGCCAUCGACACUGGCUGCGGGGUGGCGAGCUGGGGAGCUUAUCUCCUGUCCCGGAACGUGCUGACGAUGUCGUUCGCGCCGAGGGACACGCACGAAGCUCAGGUGCAGUUCGCCCUCGAGCGAGGAGUGCCAGCCCUGAUCGGCGUCCUCGCAUCGAAAAGGCUUCCGUAUCCGUCUAGGGCGUUCGACAUGGCCCAUUGCUCUCGAUGCCUCAUUCCUUGGGCCGAAUCCGGUGGAACGUAUUUAAUGGAAGUGGACAGAGUUCUGAGGCCGGGCGGGUACUGGAUCCUGUCUGGUCCGCCGAUCCGGUGGAGGAAGUACUGGCGGGGCUGGAAUAGGACCCAAGACGACUUGAGGUCCGAGCAGAACUCGAUCGAGAGGGUGGCCAGGAGCCUGUGCUGGACCAAGCUCAUCGAGAAGGGCGACAUCUCCGUCUGGCAAAAGCCGACCAACCACUUGCAAUGCAAAGUGAACCGGUUCUGCCCGACCCAAGAUCCAGAUACAGCAUGGUACACCAACAUGGACACUUGCUUGACCCAGCUACCGGAAGUCUCCGGUGACGAGGAGGUUGCGGGCGGCCAGGUGGCGAAGUGGCCGGCGAGGCUCAAUGCGGUCCCGCCCAGGAUCAGCGGGGGAACGGUGCCAGGCAUCACGGCGGAGACCUUCCAAACCGAUGCGGAGCUCUGGAAGCGGAGGGUCUCGUACUACAAGACGGUGAAUAAUCAACUGGGGCAGGCCGGGAGGUACCGGAACCUGCUGGACAUGAAUGCCCACUUGGGCGGCUUCGCGGCGGCGCUUGUGGAGGACCCCGUCUGGGUCAUGAACGUGGUCCCCGUGGAAGCGCCGGUCAACACGCUCGGAGUCGUAUACGAAAGAGGGCUCAUCGGGACUUAUCAGAGCUGGUGCGAAGCCAUGUCUACUUAUCCCAGGACUUACGAUUUCAUUCAUGCCGAUUCGUUGUUCACCCUCUACAAGGACAGGUGCGACGCAGACGACAUAUUGCUGGAGAUGGACAGGAUCCUGAGGCCGGAAGGGAGCGUGAUCCUACGGGACGACGUGGACGUGUUGGUGAAGUUGAAGAGGAUGCUCGACGGGAUGAACUACGACAGUCAAAUCGUCGACCACGAGGAUGGGCCCCUUGUGCGGCAGAAGCUCCUCUUCGCCGUCAAGUCCUACUGGACCGCCCCGUCAACUUCCAAUCACCGCCGAUCCUCCACUUCUUCUUAGGAACCUAAUUAAGUCACUCUCCGUGUUUUCUUUUUUCUCUUCUUUUUUUGGCUUUUUUCAUGUUUUCAGCAAUUCUUUCAUGAUGAAAAGUUCCAGAUAGAUCCAGUUCCAACAAACCCUAACUCUUUGAAGGGGUCCAAUUGGUUUAACACACGCAUUUGACAGAUGAACUGGGUGCUAUAGAGCCUAUAGGUCACUCUUCUUCUUGGUUCGAUCUCACUUUUUUAGGGUUUCGAGUGAUUUGUUACCUGUAGACGCGCAAUUUGGUUGUAUGUAAUCCCGAAAUCAAUAAUGUUCGUUGAAGAAUGUUCAUCUCCCUUCUUGCCCUUCGCCGCGACACCAUACUUCAGUUAAUUCUGAAUACAACAAUGCCUUUGAAA